AUGUCACUUUCUUAUGAUUCAUGUCAAAGUCAUUUUACUUCAUAUUCUAAUUUUCAAGAAUUUAUAGAUACUAAAAAUUUUUUUGUAAAUGUGGUAAAAUUAUUGCUCUUGGUAAUAUUUAUCAAGUUUCCAAUUUUCAAAGACAUUCUCAAAGUAACAAUUGUACAUAUUAUACAAAUAAAUAAUCAGCCAAGUCUCAGUGAUUUAGAACGUAUUAAUUAUAUUAUUAAUAGUUCUGCUAGUUUUAGUAGUGAUAAAAAGCCUGAAAUAGUAGUAAAACAACUUUUUCCAGAAAAAUUUCCAGAAAAUACUUCUUUUACUAGAAAAAAACUUAACAAUUAUGAAGAAUUUUCAAUUCCUGUACAUAUAGAAAGGAUGAUAGAUAUUGAAGAUAAAGAUAAAGAGGUUGGAGAUAACAAACCAAAUGAAUCAAUAAAUCCUCCUAAUAAUGAAACUAGCAGCUUAAGUCGUUCAAUUUCAGUUGGUUACGCAACUCUAGAAAUAGCAC